AUGGAAGACGAUGAGUGGGACGACGCGCUGCUGUCGGAGCUCGCGGCGCUCGAGGCGCAAGCGCUGGAGACGCAGCACCAUCAGCAUCUGAUCCAAAACCGUCAGCCUCUUUUUGUAGAUCCAGCAACAUCGACCGCGUGUGCUGUCGAUGCGUGGAGCUGCCGGUCGUGUACACUGCAGAACGAGGCGUCAAGCGUGGCGUGUACUGUGUGCCUCACACCGCGCGAUCGAACCGCUGUCGCGAAGAAGACGGUUCAAGCCACGCUAUCAUUCGAUGGAACACCGUCAGCGUCUGUAGCAGUAGCGCGGCCACGUUUUGAGCAAAAACAGCACCAAGUGGGACAGCGUACCGCGAUUGUUGCUUCUGCUACAACUGCUUCUGAUGCAGCUGCUUCGUCCACAACUGCUUCGUCUACAGCUUUUUCGUCUACUACAUCUUUUACACAAGGAGCAGCUGGUCCGUUGUCGCUAGCGCCUCGACAUGCUGCAGGAGAGGAUGCUGACGCGAGAACGAGGUACUUGGACGUGGAGACGACCGUGACGUGUCCUCAAAUCGACUGCGAGGCGGCGCAGUACUUCGUGUACCCGACCAACUACUCGAUUCGCGACUACCAAUUGACAAUUGCAGAGAAGGCUUUGUACCACAAUACGCUCGUGACGCUGCCGACGGGACUGGGCAAGACGCUCGUGGCAGCUGUCGUCAUGUACAAUUUCUAUCGGUGGUUCCCGACCGGAAAGAUCGUUUUCAUGGCGCCGACGAAACCGCUGGUCGCUCAGCAAAUCAAAGCUUGCCAUGAGGUCAUGGGCAUCCCGCUAUCGGACACGGCCGAGCUGCAAGGCAAUGUGCCUCCGACCAUGCGUCGGGUGCUCUGGAACUCUCGACGAGUGUUUUUUUGCACUCCACAGAGCUUGCAAAACGACUUGAAACGAGGUGUAUGUGCUGCAGAAAAGUUUGUGUGCAUCGUGGUGGACGAAGCUCAUCGUGCAACAGGCAACUAUGCGUACUGUUGCGUGGUUCAAGAGAUCGAAGCGAAGACGCAAUUUUUUUCGCAGGUGAAGGCAAAGUUUAUGAAGUGCUUUACGCCGAUUGUACAGCGGCUUCUUCGAGGUAAUAUUAUCCAGUAUGGUGAUCCGGAAAAGCUCACGAGCUGGUAUGUACUACAAGCGCGAGAGAAAUUUCGCAAGAGCCCCAACUACGAUACAAACCGUAGCGCUGAAAGUGAUCUAGCUCUGCUGGUGAGUUUGUUGCACGCAAAAAGCCUGUUGACAGGCCACGGCCUUAGCAGCUUUCAAGACCAGAUCACGAAUUGGGUCGAGGAGCGCAAAAAAGGAAAAAUGUCGUGGUCCAAGAGAGAGAUGUUGCAUUCGUCAGAGUUUCAGUCGCUUGAGUUGAGCUUGGCGGCGUCUGCCAGUAGCGACAGUUCUGCUAGCCACCCCAAGUUGAUAAAGCUCCGUGAGGUGCUGCUGGAGCAUUUUAAACGUCGUGCGGCAGGAAGAUCGAACACACGUGCAAUCGUCUUCACUCAGUAUCGAGCAAGUGUGUCAGAGAUUGUAGCGCUACUACGCCCGCUAGCACCUUUGCUCAAUGUACAGCCAUUUAUUGGCCAGGGAGCAUCAGGCAAAGCUAAGGAAAACAAAGGCCAGUCCCAAAAGGUACAGCAAGACAUCGUGCGCAGGUUUCGAUCGGGAGACUACAAUGUUCUCGUUGCAACGUGUAUUGCAGAGGAAGGCCUGGACAUCGGCGAAGUCGACCUCAUCGUUUCAUUCGAUGCCCUCACUUCGCCUGUGCGGAUGAUCCAGCGAAUGGGCAGGACAGGGCGUAAGCGUGUUGGUCGAGUCAUCAUUCUAGUGACAGAGGGUGAGGAGCAAAAGAAGCUGGCGCGUAGCGCAUCCGCUGCAAAGACUGUGAGUCGUGCCCUUACAACCUUCAAGAGCAAGUUUAAGUACUCGCGGUGUCCACGAAUGCUACCGGCCGGUGUUUGCCCAAAGUUGAGGGAACUUGAGAUGAACAUACCGACUUUUCAUGCGUCUCAAGUGGGCGGUAAGACUGCUCAAGGGGCAGUUGACCCAAAUCUGUGGCGGCUCAGUGAAGCGGAACGAGCCGUGGCGUUGAUGAAGUAUUUUCCACCGAACUUUGCGACAAGCUCGAGGAAUCGAUUGUAUCCAGUCGUCGCGAGUCGGAAGCACUUACUGCGUCGGCAACCGCGCACUUUGACACGAAAGAAUGUGGGAGCUCGAGUGGGAUAUAGCUCUCGCUCGCUCAUGUUGCAAACGCUGGUCCGGAAGAUUCACAAUGUCGAAGCAGUGUUGGAGACAGAGUCAGACGGUGAAGAGGACAAAAGUAGUGGCACGAACGGGAACGAGACCGGCACGGCAGGUGCUAGCAUCGCCAUACCGUCCGACUCUACAAAACGCGUCACUCGUCGCGAAUUUACACAUUCAAGAAAUGAUCGCUGUCAAACUAACGUGGGUACGGGCACCGGGCAACCUACUGGCGAUGCGAGCUCGUCUCCACGACACACAAGUACUCCUAGUGAGCUCGAUGAAGAAGACAAAUGUGGCGGAUCGUUUGCUUCGAUGAAUGAGGCUGCAGAUACUUUCGACAUGCACUUCAGCCCCCAAUUUGUCGAUCUUGCGACGCAGGCUGUUGAGGAUAGUGAGCGGAAAAAUAGGGGUAAUGUCGGCGACAGCCAAAAGAAGAAGUUGGUGGAACGUGCGGAUAAUGUUGCGAGACAGGAUUUUGGUAAUCCGGACACGGCAUCUACGUCGAGUGCAAUAGCGUUCGCAAGCAAGGCCAGUGAAGAUGACCCGAGUCAAACACCGGGUGAAUGUGAAGGACCUCGCGUGAGUGCGAAUCGUGCCGACAGCUUGUCUCAUUGCAUGUCUGCAGCAUCUCCUUUGGCUGUUACCUCUGAUUCCCGUCGUCCUCCUCCAAGCUCGUGCGGUGUUGUCUGCCACGAAGUAUCAGCUGGACAGGAGGACACUUCCAGGUCUACUCAAGUUCCAGCUGUUCCUCGAUCACGUAGCAUACGGCAGUUGCAGUUCGAUAAGAAGGGUGAUGGUGACCACUCAAUGGACCGAGCACAAAAAGCCGUUGAGAUCCCACAGCAAGAAAGUGUUGCUCCAGAUUCUGAACCUGAGCUACCACCGGAGAAGCAAGAAGUGUCCAUAGUGGAAGACGAAGGUCAUUCUGGCUUUUCAUUCGCACUGCUACCAACUGACUUGUGCACGGGUGAGGCGACUACGAAGAGUGAAAUGGAGAGGUCAACAGCAGAAGAAGACCCGUCUGAGGAAGCAUCUUCUGCUUACUCGUUUGCCUUGCUACCUACUAAUGACACCAAAGAUGGAGGCACAUCGAACGAUCGUGACAUUCUGGCAAAGUCAAGAGACGCCGGCAACGAGUAUCUUUCUGUUCCAGACGAUACUGAUUGUGAUGGGGUCCACGGAGCGAACGAGGUGACAAUUGCAGUCGAGGACAAGUUGGCAUGUAAUGAACGGCACACAGAAUCGAAAGGCAUGACGGCUACACCAAAGAAGGUGAAGUAUCACGCCGCAGUGACGAGCGGCGAAACCCUGAAGGUAGAGGAUUCGAUGUUGUUGUUGGAAACUCGAACGACUGGCCGUAUUCAAGCGCCACUAUCCCAGAGUCAGCUGACGAAAGCUGAAUCGAAGCAGGUGGACGAAGCUCGCUGCUCCAUUUGUCGGGAAAGCGAGUCGUACGACGAUGAUCCUAUUGUGCUGUGCGACGGAUGCAAUGUGGCGGUGCAUCAAUUUUGCUACGGGAUCAGUGUUGUUCCUAGUGGUAAGUGGUUCUGUGAUAGCUGCGCCGACGUGCGACGUAGCGCACGCGCGGCAAACCCAAAGCAGAGAGUGUGUGAGCUUUGUCCACUCCGUGGUGGCGCGUUGAAACGGACAAAGUGCGGGAAGUGGGUGCACGUUCAGUGUUUUUUAUGGAUUCCUGAACUUCGAGUGGAGAAUAGUGACACCGAUGUGCUCGUUCUUGGUGACUUGAGCACAUUAGACCAAGACCGCGGCACGCUCGAUUGCUCCUUGUGUCAUUCGCAGAAGGGCAAAGGAAUCAUCCAGUGCGCGCACAAGAGAUGCUUGUCUGCUUUUCAUGUCAGUUGUGCUGCCUUCGCACACUACCGAAUGGAUCAACUGGAUCCUCCCGACGGUGGAGAAACGGGGUGUGGUACGUUGUUCUUAGCGUACUGCCCGCUACAUCGUGCCUCUCGCGCUCCAGUUAUUUCCCCUGUACAGCCAAAGACAUCCUUGCCAGCCCAGACUCGUGACGCCAAGCCUCCAGUAGCUACUGCAGCAAAACUUUUGUCCCCGAGCCAUUUAUUGACGUCACCUCCAUCAGCAGAGGCAAAGAGCAAGUUCAAGACGUUCCGGCGACUAAAGCGCAAGUACGAUGCAACGCAAUCGCAAAUUAUGUCACAACCGGGAAAGAACGGGUCACCGGUGACGACUCCGCCGUGGCAAAAGCACAUGAGGCGGUCGAAGCGGCGACGAGAGACGUCUCGGGUCUUGGCAGCUGCGUACAUCGAAGACGCAGCGGAAGUUCGAGGAGGAGCUGGGCAUGACGAUGACGAGGAAGAUGACUACGGAGAUGAUUAUAGAGAAGCGGCUGACGACUCGUUUAUCAACGAUUCGUCGCAACUGCUGUAUUCGCAGUCGGUCGUGUCUCCGGAAGACGGUGACCAAGACCAGUCGAAGAAGAAGAAGCGGAAGAGGUCGAGUCCCGAUAUGCGCGCUAUCUAUGCGCGAUCACUAUUCGAGUCGCAGAGCUCUCCACUGCUGUUACGCCGAGGCGGGCGGCAGUUGGGAGCUCUCCCUUCGAACGGUAUCAUCCAGGCCUGCUUGACUGAGUUGCACAACCGGGACAAAGCGGGUCCUGUGCCACCGAGGCCGCACUCUUCUUCACGAGUGCCUCACACGGCAGAAGCCACAGCGAUCGCAGGACCAGCGCCAUCAUCAGCUCCGCUUUGCGCUUCUGCUGCUGUAAUUGACUCCGAUGAAGACGACAGCGCCACUGAAGCCGAACCGUUGCCCAGUUUCAAUUUGCUUGCUCUUGCCAAACCGAUCCAUAAUGCGCAAGUUCGCACUCGCGGACCGGAUGAGCAAGAAGAGAGCGACGACGCAGAGACAGCGGAUACUGAAGUGGCGUCGCCGAUCUGUGGUGUGAUCGGCGCUACCAGACCGCGUGCUGGUGCUACUGCUGCAAACGCGAUGGAAUUAAAAGGUCUAUCUGUCGAAAAACCUGCUUGCACUCCAUCGAGGAGUGGCCUACACGUUGCGGGUGAUGCUGAGCUGCAAAAGAAGAUCGAAGCAAACCGUAUGAAGGCUCUCGACAAGCUGAACGAACGCAGGCAAAUGGAGCUCCAGCGGGCCCGACUACAGCGUCCACACUCUUUUGGCGAAGCGCCACGGCUGGACCAUGACCAGAGGGUCGAUAGUUCUAGCACACUCUUUGAUUGCAGCAACACUGCGCACACGGCUACGUCAUCCCUGAGGGCACACGAAGACGAUUCAGCUGCUCACCAUCACAAACCAAGGGCUAGCAAGAUGCUGAACUCUUCUGUCCCAGGUCUCGGACGUGCCGUGACUACUGUUGACUUGACAAGCUCGGGACCGGCGAUAUCUGAAGUUCUUCCACAAGAUCUAGCAUCCAAGUGGGCCAUCUUCGUGAGCUCAACCUUUGCGAAGUCGAGAGAUUUCCCACAUCUUUCGUCAACGAAGUACGCCGAAUGCGCUGUGCUUACCGCUGACUCGUUGGAGGCAGAUGCCCUGUUAAGCGUUCGUGUGGCAGUGCUUUUCCUCACGGGACAACAACUGUAUGACUUGAGUCUUGCUGGCCCGGGUCAACACGUAGAAACAAGCCGGCGUGCACGGACGUUGUUGGCAAUGCACAAAAAGGUCGUUGUGGCAGUUGUUCACGAUGGAAAUCGCAUGCCUGAGAUCCCGUGGCUGAAACAGCUUCCAAAUGCAGUGGUCGUUGUCCGGCCGCGUUUCGAUUCCUUGUGUGCAGAGCUCCACCGAGUUGCCCACGAAGAACUUGUCCAGGGUUACGAAUUACCCUCUCCAAGCUUGUGCUGUCGUGAUGCGAGUGAUGGCGCAGGUACGGGGUUGGACAUACACUUUGCGUCACGGCUCGAACUUUUCCGCACGAUUUCGCCGUUGUCGCUCGGCAGCGCGCUUUCUCUCAGUUUUCGCUUCGAGAAUUUCGUGGCAAAGCAGGUGCCAGUGCUCAAGUUCAACGAGAUGCACUGGAGACGAAUGCUGCCGUGGAUAUCGGAGUCAACCGCGCAAGAAAUCCAGGAACACGUCAAGCGAAAUGCGCAGCGGUAUUAA